ACUCGACCCAUUUUCACAGUAGCACCACUGAACCCCAACACUCCAACAAUGUCUUCCAUUGCCUUCAAGUCUGCUAAGAGCCUCAGAGCCUUGGGUGCUCAAUCUAGAUUAUUCUCGUCCUCUGCUGUCGCUGCCAAGUCGAACUACAACCAGCCAGACUUUGGUGCCUACACCAAGCCAGGCCGCGCUGAUGAUAGGUCCAGAUCCACGGCCUACUUCAUGAUCGGGUCUAUGGGUUUGUUGACCGCCGCCGGUGCCAAGUCCACUGUCGAAACCUUUUUACACACCAUGUCUGCUUCCGCCGAUGUCUUGGCCAUGGCCAAGGUUGAGGUCAAGUUGAACGCCAUCCCAGAGGGUAAGAACGUCAUUGUCAAAUGGCAGGGUAAGCCAGUUUUCAUCAGACACAGAACCGCUGCUGAGAUCGAAGAGGCUAACGAGGUCGAUGUGUCCACCUUGAGAGACCCACAGACUGAUGCUGACCGUGUCAAGACCCCAGAAUGGUUGAUUAUGGUUGGUAUCUGUACCCACUUGGGUUGUGUGCCUAUCGGUGAAGCCGGUGACUUUGGUGGUUGGUUCUGUCCUUGCCACGGUUCCCACUACGAUAUCUCUGGUAGAAUUAGAAAGGGCCCAGCUCCGUUGAACUUGGAAAUCCCAGCCUACGAGUUCUCCGAUGCCGACACCUUGAUGGUCGGUUAA